AUGCCUGGCUACUCCGAACUCGAUCGCCUGCGGGAUCCGCCGCUAAGCAGUGUCCGCGCGCUCACGCUCAGACUGCAAGCUCACCUUCCGAGUACAGCCGACUUCCCCGAAUUCUGGGAUCGUCUGGCCGACGCACUGCCGCUGUUACACAUUGAACAUUUCGUCUCUGCUCGCAUGGUCAAAAUGACAUACGGUGUCGUUGUCAGUCUCGCUACCAGCCGACAGAUCUAG